UUGUCCUACAAAACCCCAGGCCCUUCAUCACACAGACGUAGUCCAAAGGUUGGAGAAGCUGAAGGAUGAUCCAGGGAAAGAUUGGGAAGUUGCAGGCCCGGCUGCAAUGAACUGGUGAACCAACAGAUGACAACAUGUAUGGGCUACAAAACAGACACCUCACUUCCGCCCUCUCAACUUGCUCAAGAAUCUCUUGCGGCUCACUCUUACUAGAAUAUUCAAGAAAGAGAAUUUUAGAAAGUAUAGUUCAGUCUAACCAAAUCGACAUGUUAUGAACCAUUACAACUAUCGUGUCAAAUGUUAACCUGAAUGAGUAAAACUUAAAGCAAAAAUUCUAGUCCUAAGAAGUCAAUGAAAGCAUUUAGUAAAACAUGGAGAACAGAAAAGCAACAGGUUGGAAAAGAAAUGUCUAGGCUGGCAUUGAAAUUAAGUUAGGAUUGGAAUCCAGCGAGGUGGCACAGCAGCUGAUUGUAGAGAAGCCACUGGAGGAGAGUAACAUUUUUUCAACUCAAUAAGUUAGGAGUGAAACAUAAAUAGGAAUUAUGUUUGAGUGCCUAAAUUCUAUGCUUAGAAGUUAGAUUUUGUUCUGAGGAUAGGGAAGCCAAUGAAAAAAGUCUCCAGCAGAGAAAUGAUGACUAGAUUCUUGUUUCAGAACAAUCAGUACCAACUAGAGGGCGGUUUGGAAAGAGGAUGUUGGCUCAUUCUAACUAAAGGACAUUGAAGACCUUAACUAUAGGCCUUAGCAGUGUGGAUGGAAAGAAAGGAAUUAGUGAGAAAUGCUAGAGGCAACAUUAGUAGGACUUGAGCAGGGAGACUGACUAUGGGAGAAGGAAUGAAUUAAGUUGAGUCACCGUUUACUUGUUUGAGAGAAGAAAAGGAGGCACUGUUUACUGUGAUUUGGAAUAUAGGAGGACGUCUGUUUCAGAAAAGAAAAUAGGGCUAAGUAUGGAGCCACGAAAGAACAUGUGUUAGAGGAAAUGCAGAGAAAGAGGAUCCUGCAAAAGAGGGAGUCAUUGGAGGAAAACCAGGAGAGGGUAGGGCCAUGAAGUCAACGGACUGGAGAGUUUCACACAGGAAGAGCCAGUUUCUCCAGGAGGUUAAGAGGAUUGAAAGUGCCCAGAGCCCAGCCGCCGGCGUUGCUCAGUGGUUAAGCAUCGACCUAUGAACCUGGAGAUUGCAGUUUGAUUCUGGUCAGGGCACGUGCCUGGGUUGCAGGCUAGAUUCCCAGUAUGGGACGUGCAGGAUGCAGCCGAUCAAUGAUUCUUUCUCAUCAUUGAUGUUUCAGUCUCUCUCCCUUCCUCUCUGAAAUCAUUGCCCACGGAGGUAAUAGCUUGGAGUCUUUGGUGGCCCUCCUUAGAGUAGCUUUGGUUGAAUGGCAGGGACAGAAGAUAGGUUGUAGUGGUGGAGGAUUAGAAGGCAGUGGGGAAAUAGAUCUAUGUAGCAUAAUUUCCAGAGCACUACUCACCCCAGUAGACGGUAACUAGAGGGAGCCACAGGUGGGCUCAGAGGAAUGUUGGAAGCUGAGACAGGCUGGAACAAAUAAUAGCUGUGAAGAAAAGGCCAUAGAAGGAAAGACGAAAAGAUUGCAGAGGGAUGAUAGAAGUCAAGUCCCUGAGUGGGAAGCGAUACUCAGGUGACAAGUGGAGGAAUUGGCCUUCAACAGAAGGUGAACUUUUUCCACUGAAACUAGCAAGCAAAGAACUUCACUUGGCCUUGGCCUUUCUUGCUGGGAGUCUACUGACAUUGCUGCUGAUGGCCCUUGUCUUCUUCAUCAUAAAGAGCUACCGGAAAUAUCACUCAAGUCCCCACGCUCUGGAUCCUCACUCAGAUUCUCUUGCCAAGUUGUCAUCCAACCCGGAGGAGGCACUUACCUCUGCCAGCAUGGCUCUCAAAACCUCAAAAGAAAAGAGAGACGACUUGAAUGCAAACCAUUCUGCAGACUUGAACUCCGUUAUCUAUGCUCAGAUUAAAUUGGCAGACUCAUCCUGAGUUUCCAAUAAGGCUUGAAUCCAGUUCCUCUCACGUCAGCUGCAUCUUCAUACAUCACUUUUCCUUUGUAGAAAAUUUGGACCACAAUCUGGGUGAAACUGCAGAUGGAGUUGUUUGGGUGUGAUCUGGCAACCUUGGCUAUCAGUUUUGUGACCAGGGUCAGUCUUAUUCCUGUAUCUCCCACUUGGACUAAUAAAAUGGAAUUCCCCGAGGACCGCGACUGCCCCCCUUCGUCCUCUUCCAAAGUGUGUGCUACAAGCUCAGUGCACCGAGAGUGUUUCACUCAGUGUCACUGAUCAACUUGGGAAGAGUCAACCAACCUAGCAAUCUAACAAGAAUUACAAAUAAAAGCAAACCCUCUGUGA